AACGCUUCCUAGAGAGAAACAGUCUUGAAUUGGGUGACACAUUUAUUCCAGAAAAGCGACAAUGCAGUCCUCAAAUGUGCUUGACCACCAGGUGAGUCAUCUCACUUAACCUUCAUGUAGAUCGUGCUCACCCUGGCUACUGUCAGUGGUUAACACAUUAACUGUCAGGGUUUGCGACACGCUAUGGAUCUGUCAGCCACAUCUCGAUGGCAUGGCAGUCAAUGUGUUAAGGAUUAACUCAAAAAUGUGGGACCUAAUGGCAGAAAGAGAUUGACGUCGCACUUCAACUUGUAAUUUUCCAGGAAAAGAUAGCAAAGAACACAAUGGAAGUCUGGCUCCAUGAUGGCUGCCGUAUAUUAUGGAUUGCGAAAUACAGGGGCUGAAACCUCACCACAUGCCUGCUUCCCUGGUUGUUAUCGUGUUCCCCAAUAGUAUUCCGAGAAACGGAAUGUAGGAAGAAGUUUCCGAGAAAUGCAAACAUUUUAUAUGACGGAGUUAAUAUUUAUUGUCGUUCAGAACUUCUUCUACUCUUGCAUUUCGUCCCAUCUUCCCAUUCUUUUAAUUCCCAUUUUCCUCUCGAUCACAGAGGUCAAAGUCAGAUGACAAGGAUCUCGCCCUCAUCCUUCAGCAAAAGAGAACCCGUCAUUUGCAGAUUUUCCCAUCCGCGAGGAGAGAUUUUAGAAUUCUCUGGAAAAAGAUCACUGGUAGUGUCCUAUCUACUCCAAACUGCCUCCAAACCACUUCCAAUUCCACUCGCCUCCAAUAUGCGUAAGUGCCUCAGCUUACUCUCCCUUUUCUUCCUCCUUCUCAUCUUCUUCACGGGGACGGGUGAGCAAAAUGUUUGUCCUGAACCCAAUGAUAUCCUUCCCUGCAUCUGCAUCCAUGAUGAAAGCCCCAACACAGUGACAGUUGACUGUUCGGGAGCAAGUUCGAUUGCCGAAAUGUUCACCAUCUUUAACGAGGCUCCCUGGCCCCUCACGGAAUUAACGAGAUUUAACCUGACCUACAAUGAGGCCAUUCAAGAGUUGCCCGCUGGAGUUUUCGGAGAUGUUUCAUUCGAAGAACUUUUCAUUUACCGUACCUCCACGAGCAACGUCCAUCCUGAUGCACUCCUACCCUUAAAAGAGCGACUUCGGGAUCUGCAAAUUGGGGUGCAAAAUCCUUGUCCCGAGCCAAAUGAUAUCCUUCCCUGCAUUUGCAUCCAUGAAGGAAGCCCCGACAAUGUGACUGUUGACUGUUCGGAAGUGAACUCGAUUGCCGAAGUCUCCUCAGUCUUUAACAAGGAUGUCUGGCCAUUCACGGAACUCAAGAGAUUUAACCUGACAUACAAUGAGGCCAUUCAAGAGUUGCCCGCUGGAGUUUUCGGAGAUGUUUCAUUCGAAGAACUUUUCAUUUACCGUACCUCCAUGAGCAACGUCCAUCCUGAUGCACUCCUACCCUUAAAAGAGCGACUUCGGGAUCUGCAAAUUGGGUACGGCGCAUUGGAAAGCUUCCCUUGGGACAUCCUUCCUGAAUUCAAGAAUCUCUUCAGGAUCAAUCUCCACAAUAAUGCGUUCAACGCUUGGCCGUUGAUCCAAAGCGAAAGCUUGAAUAUCAUCAUUCUAACCCAGAGUAAAGUAUCCUAUAUUGAGUCUGGCUUUCAUCUCCCAAGUUUGCGUGUUCUUGACGUGGGCUUAACAGUUAAUACGAAACUGACUUUAUCGAGAAAUAAAAUCGAGGAACUGACGGAGGAGGUCUUCCUUCCCAUGUUUGACGUCCUCUCGCGGGGGAAUGGAUCCAUCGAUCUUCGCGGGAAUCUCAUGAUCUUAAUGGAGUAUUGUCCGAACGGCAGUCUAGAGAGUUUUCUUAGGCAAAACCAGAACCAAUAUGUCGAUCUGAUAGACCAUCAAACUGGCAAGAUCUGCUGCAACCGUCCACCUGGAUCUCCUCAUGGUAACGUGCUUACCACUUUGCCACACCUCCGAAGCGCCAGUCUGACGUACUUCGACAUCAGCUCGAAUGUAAUAGCGGAGCUCGAGGCUGGGUCGUCUCUACCAAAUCUGACAAGUCUCGUCUUGAGUUAUAAUCCCAUUUCGGAGGUCCCGCCUGGAUUCUUCAGCGACAUGGGGAAUUUGGUAGAAUUUUAUUGUCUGUAUUGCUCCCUCGGACCAACAUUGUCGACCAGGUCUUUUGACUUCCACGGGGCACCCAUACGAUAUGUUCUUCUAACAGGGAACCCGAUCUCAACUCUGGAGUUGGAUGCCAUCACAGGACCGACCCAGUGCAUUCGAAAAGAAAGCAUCGAGGCUGUUCCAUCCACUCUGUUCCUUUCUCCAAAUCAUUUCCCAGUGUCUCUCGCCUUUAAGAUGCAGGGAUUCCUGGUUUUUCUCUCCCUUUUCGUGCUCUAUUCCGUUCCUGGGACAAGUGGUCAAACUCCGUGUCCCGAUCCCGAAGAUAUCACCCCAUGCACUUGCUCCCACAACGCAUUCCACAACACUGUGACCGUGGACUGUUCGGGGGCGACAUCGAGUGAGGAGAUAUUCUCUGUCUUCAACGGGGCCAGCUGGCUCUUCCCAAACCUCACGAAGUUUCAGCUGACCAACAACGAGGGAGUUGACGAGCUGCCCGAGGGAGUCUUCGGCGAUGUCACGUUCGAGGAAAUACUCGUGCGAGGAAGCGCCGUGGCCAGCAUCCAUCCUGCGGCCGUGCUACCCUCGAACGAUCGGCUUCGGAGGUUGGAAAUCUCCUUGAGCGUCCUUCGGGAAUUCCCUUGGGACGUUCUCCCGGAGUUUUCCGAUCUUACGAGUCUCCAUUUCUACAGUAACGUCCUUACCACUUUGCCACACCUCCGAAGCGCCAGUCUGACGUACUUCGACAUCAGCUCGAAUGAAAUAGCGGAGCUCGAGGCUGGGUCGUCUCUACCAAAUCUGACAAGUCUCGUCUUGAGUUAUAAUCCCAUUUCGGAGGUCCCGCCUGGAUUCUUCAGCGACAUGGGGAAUUUGGUAGAAUUUUAUUGUCUGUAUUGCUCCCUCGGACCAACAUUGUCGACCAGGUCUUUUGACUUCCACGGGGCACCCAUACGAUAUGUUCUUCUAACAGGGAACCCGAUCUCAACUCUGGAGUUGGAUGCCAUCACAGGAGGUGCAAGAGAGUUCCCCGUUUUCGUUCCAGGUUUGGGGUUCCAUACGGAAAUAUAUCUAAAUUACAAUGAAAUCAAGGAAUUGAGGGAAGACUCCUUCCGCCCCAUGCUGGAGGUUCUCUCACUGGGCGACGGCUACAUCGAUCUGGAAUGUGAGAUCCUGCUUGCCCACAAUGCUCAACGAUAG